CCUGGAGGAAACCAGAAGUGGAAGCUGAUAGCCUGAAGAGAAAAGAGGAAACAUAACCAAGGACAGAAGAAGAGAAAAGAAAAGAGUUUGUGUUUAACUUGUACUUAUUAUGUAUUAGCCAGGCAUUAGCAAAAGGGGACUGGAAACUUUUUGGAUACUUCUUUUUAUGGAUACUUACAAGUUUAGUUGGUAGGGACCUGUUGGCAUGACAAAGGUAUAAGUGAGGGAAGUGGGACAGUCAGUAGUAGGAGGAGCUGCAGGGCUCUCCAUGUAUGGACUCUGUUCAAAUGGUAAAUAGAGGGUCACAUGGGGCAAUAGUCUUAGAGCAGUGGGGGGAAAAGGGAGGGAAAGAAACAAGGAGAGAGAGAGUGAAGACAUACACACUGCUGGACUUCGGCCUGCCUCAUGUGCUGGAGGCAGCACUUUCACCCUGAGUUUAGAGGACACUGGAUCACACAAGAAAGAGAAAGGGAAAAGAAGUGAUUGUCAUGUUGUGGUCAACAUGAAUUAUCAGUUUUUCUGAGGCCCCAUGUCUCCCACUUGACAUUCUUUGGAUAUCUUCUUUUUGUUUCCUGCUUGUUGUCACUGGACACUGGAAUCUCCAUACUUUGCUCUGGACCACUGAAGGGCCAAAAUGCCCAUCAACUUCACUGUCGUGCCAGUGGAGGAUGCGGAGGGUGACAGCAACAGCGCGGCCGAAGCUGGAGGCAACAAACCAGUCAGUCUGGGAGAACUGUUUGGGGAGAAAAAGGAUGAGAACAACUUACAAGAAUCCAACAAAGGAGAAGGCAACCAGAGAGACUCCAGUUCAUUCAUCAACUCAGAUGAUGAUGGAGAAAACUAUUAUGAGGGCAAGAACAUGGCCCUGUUUGAGGAAGAAAUGGACAGCACCCCUAUGGUGGCAUCCCUUCUCAACAAGCUGGCCAACUACACCAACCUGACCCAGGGUGUUCGUGAACAUGAGGAGGCAGAGAAUGAGGAUGGAGUUCGGAGGGUUGCUGUCAUGGUCCCACAGAUGGGAACCUUCAUUGGAGUUUACCUGCCCUGCAUGCAGAACAUUCUGGGUGUGAUUCUCUUUCUGCGUCUCACCUGGAUCGUUGGUACAGCAGGAAUCCUCGGGUCCUUCGCAAUCGUCUCCAUGUGCUGUAUCUGUACCUUGCUCACAGCCAUAUCAAUGAGCGCCAUAGCAACAAAUGGAGUCGUCCCAGCUGGUGGCUCAUACUACAUGAUCUCCAGAUCUUUGGGUCCAGAGUUUGGGGGAGCAGUGGGUCUCUGUUUCUACCUCGGAACAACCUUCGCUGGAUCCAUGUACAUACUGGGAACCAUAGAGAUCUUGCUGACGUACAUCGUUCCGACAGCAAUAGUCUUCAAUGAAGACGAAGGUGGAGCAAUGCCCAACAACAUGCGUGUCUAUGGCACGUGCUGCCUGCUGCUGAUGGCGCUGGUGGUGUUUGUGGGGGUGAAGUAUGUGAACAAAUUGGCACUGGUGUUUCUGGCCUGUGUGAUUCUCUCCAUCAUGGCCACUUAUGCAGGAGUCAUCAAGACACUGAUCGAACCUCCAGAGUUUAAUGUGUGUCUUUUGGGAAACCGAUCUCUGAGGAAUGACAAGUUUGACACAUGUGCAAAGCUGUUGAAAAACGACACAGUGACCACCAAGCUAUGGAGAGCCUUCUGCGACAGUAACCAUCGCAACGCAACCUGUGAUGAAUACUUCGCAUUAAACAAUGUGACGGAGAUGCAGGCCAUACCUGGGCUGCUGAGUGGAGUUAUCAAAAACAACCUGUGGGGUGACUACGGUCCAGCUGGUAUGUUCAUAGAAAAGAAAAGCCAUCCUUCAGUAGAAGUCCAGGAGCCGCCAGCAGAGCCACAGAACACCCACAGCAAUAAGCCCUAUGUCAUCAAUGACAUUGCCACCUACUUCACUCUGCUGGUGGGAAUAUACUUCCCCUCUGUCACAGGUAUAAUGGCUGGCUCUAACAGGUCAGGUGAUCUCAGAGAUGCCCAGAGGUCCAUCCCAAUAGGAACCAUCAUGGCUAUUCUCACCACCUCGUUCAUUUAUAUCUCCUGUGUGGUCUUGUUUGGAGCUUGUAUUGAAGGAGUAGUGCUGAGAGACAAGUUUGGUUUUUCAGUAAAGAAGAACCCUGUCAUUGGGAUCCUGGCCUGGCCGUCUCCCUGGGUGAUUGUGAUUGGCUCGUUCUUCUCCUGCUGCGGAGCAGGGCUUCAGAGCCUCACUGGCGCCCCCCGGCUGCUGCAGGCCAUCGCGCGGGAUGGCAUCAUUCCGUUCUUACAGGUGUUUGGUCAUGGGAAGGCUAAUGGUGAGCCCACAUGGGCUCUGUUGCUGACAGUUGGGAUCUGUGAGAUAGGAAUCCUCUUUGCUUCUCUGGAUGCUGUUGCCCCCAUUCUCUCAAUGUUUUUCCUCAUGUGCUAUCUGUUUGUCAACCUGGCCUGUGCUGUUCAGACAUUGCUCCGUACCCCCAACUGGCGACCUCGCUUCAAGUUCUAUCACUGGACCCUGUCCUUCCUGGGGAUGAGUCUUUGUCUCUCUCUCAUGUUUGUCUCCUCCUGGUACUAUGCUCUGGUUGCCAUUGUGAUUGCCAGCUGUAUCUACAAGUACAUCGAGUACAAAGGGGCAGUGAAGGAAUGGGGAGAUGGGAUCAGAGGUCUGUCCUUAAAUGCAGCUCGCUAUGCUCUCAUCCGGCUAGAGGAAGUACCACUACACACCAAAAACUGGAGGCCUCAGCUGCUGGUGAUGUGUAAAUUGGACGCAGACCUGGCAGUGAAACACCCUCGCCUCAUGUCCUUCUGUACACAGCUCAAAGCAGGAAAGGGGCUGACCAUCGUCUGUUCAGUUCUGGAGGGAACCUACAUGACCCGGCGGAAUGAUGUCAAGACAGGAGAGCAGAACUUAAAAGCAGCCAUGGCUGCAGAGAAGAUGAAGGCCUUCUCCCACGUGGUGGUGUCAUCCAACCUACGAGAUGGUUUCUCCCUGCUCAUCCAGUCAGCAGGACUUGGAGGAAUGAAACACAAUGCUGUCCUAAUGGCCUGGCCAGCAGGUUGGAAACAAGCCCGGGAUUCCUCCCCAAGGAGGAACUUCAUAGAAACAGUGAGGGAGACGACAGAUGCUCAUCAGGCUCUGUUGGUUGCUAAGAACAUCGACCAUUUUCCCGGAAACCAGGACCGUCUGAAAGAGGGAACCAUUGAUGUGUGGUGGAUUGUUCAUGAUGGGGGACUGCUCAUGCUGCUGCCAUUUUUACUGAGUCAACACAAGGUGUGGAGGAAGUGUAAAAUGCGCAUCUUCACAGUGGCCCAGAUGGACGACAACUCCAUCCAAAUGAAGAAAGACCUCCAGAUGUUUCUUUACCAUCUACGCCUGGAUGCAGAGGUGGAGGUGGUGGAGAUGCAUGACAGUGACAUCUCAGCCUUCACUUAUGAGAAGACGUUGGUGAUGGAGCAGAGGUCUCAGAUGCUCAAACAGAUGCAGCUGUCUCGCACUGAGAGGGAGAGAGAGAUUCAGAGCAUCACAGAUGUAUCGCGUGGCUCCAUAAAGAGGAAGAAGCCAUCCACUGCUGUCACUCCUUACCUCAACAUCCCGUCCAUACCAGAGGAUGAGGUAUCCGCGGCCCAGUUGAUCCACGACCGAAACACGGCCUCGCAUUCUGCGAUGAAUGACAAAGCUGCUGCACCAGAUCGUGUGCACAUGACAUGGACCAAAGAAAAACUGGUCCAUGAGAGGAACAGGCAGAGGGAAAUGGGAGUCAAAGACAUGUUCAAUAUGAAGCCGGAGUGGGAGAAUCUAAACCAGUCCAACGUGCGGAGGAUGCACACAGCUGUGAAGCUGAAUGGCGUUGUGGUCGAGAAAUCCAAGAAUUCAGAGCUGGUCUUGCUCAACAUGCCUGGCCCACCGAAGAACAAGAAAGGCGAUGAGAACUAUAUGGAGUUCCUGGAAGUCCUGAUGGACGGCCUUGAUCGCGUCCUGUUGGUCCGCGGAGGAGGUCGGGAGGUCAUUACCAUCUACUCUUAGCACCAUGAUGUUCCUUUUCUGUUUGGAAGGACACUGGAAAACAACAUUGAUGGACAGCAGGACCCCAGAGGACAGGGGGUUGAUAGAGGAGGGCAUGACUUUAAGAUGGACUUUAAGAGGAAGUACAGUACACCCCCUGUCAUACUGAAGGGAAAAAAUAAAGCAACACUGCCACUUUUCAAGGACCAAAAUUGCAAGGAAGAACAGAGGAGUCUAACUGUGGUACUGCCUGAACUAAGUGCAUUGCCUGCAGGCCCAGAGCCCCCUCUGCCUGUAGAACUGCAUUUCACUGAUUGUGCUAGCUGGUAAAUCGCUCAUUGGUUUCAUUGAGGAAGCUAACAUAGCUAACAGCGUCUUUAUUUAUUUCAGUACCACUAAAGGGCUGAUUUGUAAUCAUUGGAUGAGUUGAACAUAAAUAAUUAAGCUGUUAUAUGUUAGAGCCAUGUACUGUGUCAUAUCACUACAUCAUAAGUUAAAGCCAAAGUUUCAGUUGAUGUGAUCAGGACAGUGUAAGGGCAAAUUUGUUCGUAUUAGUUGUAAUUUGUAUUUUGUCUUUAUUGUUGUUUAUCACUGUUUGUUUUUUUUACAUAUAAUUAUUAGUAAAGAUAUAGUAAAAAAAAAAAAAAAAAAAAAGGAACACUUGUUAUUUUAGUAUUUUUGUACAUUUUAGAUGAUUUCAUGAUUUUUGUGUUGAGCAAAUGUUACACUGUGUGCGUGAGCUCAGUUUAUAGUGUGCACUGAUGAUGAAAAUGACAAUGAUAUUCAUGAGCAAUAUGGAGCCUGUGUAGUAUUAGUAUUUUCAUAUAUCAUGACUUUUAAGCACAGAAAACUUUACCUACAAUCUGCCAUGUGUUCUUUUAAGGAAAAGGGCACAUCAAUAUUAAACAAGCAAAAUAGUUAA